AUACGUUGUGGCUCAAUCGACCAAAACUCAUAAAAGCACCAACAUGGUGUUGAAAGAGAUGGCCUCCUCUCUUCUCCCUCUCUUUAUCCUCUCUCGCAACUCUCGAACGUCAACCAAAACCCGCUCGUCUCGUUCCUAACCACUCCCUCCUCGUCCUUGUGCCAGUACCAAAAUUUUUUGGCUCUCUCAAAUUCUACCACACACAAGCCUCACCGGUUGCUAACGCAUGAAGAAGCAGACGUUACAGGAACCCGUCGCAUUUCCCGCCGUCAACGUGCAGCAGUACGCGGGCAUGGCUGCCGACUGCUGGUUCAACGACGCAUGCAUCCUCGACAUGGACUACUUUGUCAAGACGGUUGCCGCCGUCAAGGCCAAGGACGUCCGCCCUGACCUCGUCGGCUCCAUCAUCUCCCACUACGCCUCCAAGUGGCUCCCCGAGCUCGCCGACGACUUCCCCGAGAAGGGGGGCGGUGGCGCCCUUGCCGAGUUCGAGGGCUCCCCUGAGAGUGCCACGGCGUCGUGGAUGAAGAAGAGGUUCUUCGUCGAGACACUUGUCGGGAUCCUUCCCCCCGAGCGGGACUCCGUCUCGUGCAACUUCUUGCUGCGCCUCUUGCGCACGGCCAACAUGGUCGGCGCGGAGCCGAGUUACAGGUUAGAGUUAGAGAAGAGGGUGUCAUGGCAAUUGGAACAGGCCUCGCUGAAGGAGCUCAUGAUACCGUCGUUCAGCCACACAUGCGGGACGCUGCUCGACGUCGAGCUCGUGCUGAGGCUGGUCAUGAGGUUCGUGAGCUUGGAGGUCGAAGGCGGCGGGAGCAAGAGUGGGGCCGCGCUGAUCAAAGUGGCCAAGCUCGUGGACUGUUACCUGGCCGAAGCUGCGGUCGAUUCGAACCUGAGCAUCGGCGAGUUCGUGGCUCUCGCCGGCGCUCUUCCCGGUCCUGCUCGGUCGUCCGACGACGGCUUGUACAGGGCCAUCGACACCUAUCUCAAGGCACAUCGGAAUGUGUCGAAGCAAGAGAGGAAGAGGCUGUGCGGACUAAUGGACAGCCGGAAGCUCUCGCCGGAGGCGUCCCUCCACGCGGCCCAGAACGAGCGCCUGCCCGUGCGGGCCGUGAUCCAGGUCCUCUUCUCGGAGCAGACCAAGCUGAGCCGCCACCACGACUGGAGCGGCUCCUUCAGCGGUGCCCGGAGCCCGAACAUGGCCGGGCUCGAGCCCACCGUGCGGUGCCUCUCGAAGCGGGAGGCGGGCGCGCAGCAGGCGGAGGUGCGGAAGCUGAGGGAGGAGGUGGCGAGGCUGCAGAGCCAGUGCAGCGGCAUGCAGGCGCAGAUCGAGAGGAUGCUGGAGAAGAAGAGCAAGGGCUUCUUCAGGUGGAAGAAGAUAGGGCUGGUGCCGAGCUCGGUCAAGAACAACGUGGGCGUGGUCCAGAGGGCCGAUGAAGGUGAUCGAGUCGAAGCUAGCUUCGGGACAUUCACGCCUGUCAACAUGAAAACCAGGCUGGUCAAAGGCAGGACUCCUCCCAAUCCCAAGUGCAGGAAAUCCAUGCCCUAAAUCAGUAAAUUGUGCUUCUGCAUAUAUGAUCAUCUAGUUAUAUUGUGGGUGAUUUUUUUUCUUACUAACUUUCCGCAGCUUCUCCGUCGGUCGAAAAGAAAAUUUUACACAGGCGAUGUAGCAUGUGAAUGCACGGAAUGUGUACGUAGAAUUCGAUCCCAUAAUGCGAUCUGGUGGCACUAUAGGUACGUCAUCCAUCCGAUCGGCGCUUGUGUAUGUUCUUUUCAUAUCGACAGCAAAUCGAAUAAAAUGUCAUUUCAUGUUCAAAA